GGCAGCCCUGCGAUAGCGUCCUAAUUCCAUUGGCGCCUGUUUGGCAAAGCAUUAUUUGUGUGUUUCCUUAAAAUAUAAGCCUAUGAGGUCUACAGAAUGAGUCCCAGCACCGUCACACUGAAAGGUGGGGGUGGACGCAAGAGUGGGCCGAAUCGGCUGGCCCAGAUGACAGGACAGCAGCAAUUGCGGGCCCAAAAAGAAGCCGAGAACGCCGCUGCAAUGGACGCGCUGGAUGAUGCCAUGGUAUUUGACGAUGAGGAAGGCGGGACACGCAUUGGGGAUAUAUACAUACCGCCGCCGGUGCCGGCCCACUGUUCGAUGGAGAGCACCGGACCGCGGCUGAUCAUCAAACAGAUUGUGAACCACAACUUUAAGAGCUACGCUGGAGAGGUGAUACUGGGACCCUUCCAUCAUAGCUUUACCGCCAUUAUAGGACCCAAUGGCAGCGGUAAGAGUAACGUGAUCGAUUCCAUGAUGUUCGUCUUCGGCUGUCGGGCCAAUCGCAUUCGCUGCAAGCGUGUCUCCACCCUCAUUCAUAAAUCCUCGAGGUAUCCCAAUCUUCGUAGCUGCGCGGUGGCCGUACACUUCGAGCAGAUUUUGGACAAGGGCAAUGGCACUUGCGUGACGGUGCCCGACUCUCACAUUGUCAUCGAACGAACGGCCAUGUCGGAUAAUUCCUCAUAUUAUCAAAUCAACGGACGUCGCGCUCAGGUCAAGGAUGUGGUCAAGCUACUGAAGACCCAUCAUGUGGACCUGGAGCACAAUCGUUUCCUGAUUCUCCAGGGCGAGGUCGAAUCGAUAGCCAUGAUGAAGCCGAAGGGUCUGAAUGAGAACGAGACCGGAAUGCUGGAGUACCUGGAGGACAUUGUGGGCACCCAACGCUAUAUUCGACCACUCCAUCAGAUCAACCAGCGUGUGGAUCAGCUCACCGACGAUCGCACAGAGAAGCACAAUCGCUGCAAAUUGGCCGAGCGUGACAUGAAGGACCUGGAGCAGCCAUUCAAUGAGGCCGUCGAGUACCUGAAGAAGGAGAACGAAUGGGUGCGAACAAAAUCUUGGGUGUACCAAAAAUACAUCAGUUUGAAGAAGAUCUCUUUGGAGGAAUACACUAAAGAGUACGAAAGCUGUGCGGAGAAUUUAAAAACGCAUGACGAGGCCACCAAUGUGCUCAAAAAAGAACGCGCCGAAAAGGAGGAGAUCAUAAGAAAGGAAAUAGAGGCUUUUGAAUCCCUGGUUAAGCAGAGAGAUCAAGUCAAGGAUAAGCUUGUGAGUGCAGAGCGCGCCUGCACGGAGGUCCAAAUCGCAAUGGAGAACACCAACAAGCAGCGCAAAAAGGACAAGGCCCAGAUUGAAAAGAACGAAACGGAGUUGGAGGACUUGCGUACGCUGCCAGAAAGAAAUCAGCGUGAAAUUGAGGAUUGCAAAAAGAAAAUGGAACGUCUGGAGAAGGAAAAAGUCACACUAAAUGAAGAGCUAGAGAAACAAAUUAACGAACUGAAAAAGCAGACCGAGCCCCUCACCGAGAAGCGCCUCAAGCUGACCGACGAGCUGGUGGGGCUCAAGGAGAAGGUCAACUCCGCCAAUGCUGCACUGCAGCUCCACGAAUCCGAGCUGAAGAUCCUCAAGCAAGUGGAGACAACUGAAACCAGAAAAUACGAGUCUCUGAUGAGCUCCUAUCAACAGUCACAGCAGAGUCUCGAGGAGAAGACGAACAAAAUGGUUGAGAUAAAGCAAAGUAUUCCCGAAAUGAAAACAGAGAUCGCCACCAAGUCAGCGGAGGUAGAAAAGCUGAACAAAGAGGAGCGCAAUCUGUCCGUACAAUGUACAAAACUUAAGGUUGAGAUUAACGAGCGAUCGAGAAACAUGCAGUCCCAGCGUUCCAAUGACAAAGUUCUGGACUUCCUUAUGCGCCAGAAAAUGGAGGGCAAGAUCCCAGGCAUUCUGGGACGUCUGGGUAACUUGGGUGGCAUUGAUGCAAAGUAUGAUGUGGCCAUUUCCACAGCGGCUGCCAGUCGCUUGGAUAACAUUGUGACGGAUAACUACGACACAGCCGCGGAAGCCAUUGCACUCCUGAAAAAGUACAAUGUGGGCAGGGCCACCUUCAUUACCCUAGAAAAGAUCGAGCAUCUUCGACGUGAGGCCUGCUCCACGAUUGACACGCCAGAGAACGUGCCCCGUCUGUACGAUCUCGUGAAGGUCGAAGAUGAUCGCGUGAGGACCGCCUUCUACUUUGCCCUGAGAAACACACUUGUGGGCACGGACCUGGAACAGGGCACACGCAUUGCCUAUGGAAGGCAGCGCUACCGAGUGGUCACGCUGGGUGGCGAGCUGAUUGAGUUGACGGGCACAAUGUCUGGCGGUGGAAGGACUGCCCUUCGUGGUAAAAUGGGCACCCAAGUGCGGACCAAGACUGCCGAAAGCGCCGACACCUCGUCAUCAUCACAGAGUGCCUUGGAGGACAUGCAGAUCAGGGCAGAAGAACUGCAAACGAGAAUCAACUAUUGCCAAGAGCAGCAAGGUCGCCUGGAGCGUGAGGUGCAAACACUCCAGAUAACGUUGCAGCGAAACGAGGCGAAGUACAAGCAUCUGGAUGUCAGCAUCAAAUCGCUAGAGCAGCAGAUGGCCAGUAAUCUGAAGCAGUGCGAUAUCCAGCGUGAAAAGAUGCUGAAAAAGACCACAGACGAGGGAGCCGUCAAGUCACGGGAGGCUCAGAUAGAAACGUCUAAGGAGGAAUUGGAGGAGGCGCUUUCGGCUGAGCAGGUAAUGAGCAGCCAACUCGAAGAGAUUCAAGUCCAAUACAAUGACCUGCGAAAUGAGAAUGUGAAGCCUGUCGAGGCAAAGAUAAAAAAAACUACCACUCAAAUCGAGAAACUAUCUGCUAAUAUUCGCUCUAUGAAUGUGGCUCUGAGCAGCGUGGAGAGGAACAUUGAAAAGAUCACCAAAAGCAACAAUAAUCUGACGGAGAACAUGAAGACCGCCGAGGAAAAGUUGCGCACCCUAAAUGAGCAGCGACAAAGGUUCCAGGAGCAUAAGGAAGAUCUGGAAAAGGCAGAGGAAGAGGCGGCCGAAGCCAUAGAGAAUGCCAAGAGCCAAUCAUCAGAUCUGAAGAAGCAAAUCGAUGAGAUCACCAAGCAGGAAAAUCAACGUAAUAUUGACCGAAUCGAAAUGGACACAAAAGUGCAGAACGUAAAAGCCAUAGUUGACCGCCUUGUCACGGUGGAAAUACCGGCCCAUCAGGCUAAACUGAAGCCUCUCAAACUCAACGAUAUCCCAGGGCAAACGGAGCCGCUGAUCCCUCUUAAGGAACUAACUGAAGAAGAACUUAAUGCAGAGCCGAUAGCCGAUAUGCUGUACAAGGCAACUGUGCUCGAGGAGGAGCUGAGUAAGAAACCGAACCUGAACUGCAUCAAGGAGUUCAAUGAGAAGCGAAACGUUUAUCUGGAUCGCGUGCGCGUACUCGAAGACAUCACCUCCAAGCGUAACGAGAUGCGCGACAAGUACGAAGAGGUACGCAAGCGUCGCUACAAGGAGUUUAUGGAAGGCUUUGCCAUCAUAACACAUAAGCUCAAGGAAAUGUACCAAAUGAUCACGCAGGGCGGCGAUGCCGAACUGGAGCUGGUCGACUCAAUGGAUCCAUUCACCGAGGGUGUUAACUUCACCGUCCGGCCGCCCAAGAAAAGCUGGAAGUAUAUCUCGAAUCUCUCUGGCGGUGAGAAGACACUGUCCUCUCUAGCCCUGGUCUUUGCCUUGCAUUAUUACAAGCCUUCGCCGCUGUACUUUAUGGAUGAAAUCGAUGCGGCACUGGAUUUCAAGAAUGUCUCCAUUGUGGCGCACUACAUAAAGGAGCGUACCAAAAAUGCGCAGUUUAUUAUCGUCUCACUGCGCGUGAACAUGUUUGAGCUGGCCAACCAUCUGGUGGGCAUCUAUAAGGUGAAUGACUGUACGGAUACCAUCACAAUUCUGAAUGUGCCGCCACAGCUGCCCGAACAGCCGCCUCGCAUGACCUGCACAAUGGGUGGUUCUAUUGCCAGCACCAUGCUUCCAGACGCGAUAGCAAACAUCAUGCUUCCAGACACCAUUGCAGAAAACACAUUGGCACAUCAGGAUAAUACCAUUGACACCAUGGCUCCAGAGAACGAUGAGAAGCGAUCACCAGAAACGAGGCCACAGCAGCAGCAUCUGGAGGUGGCGACCGUGGGAUCGGGAAGAGAUACAACAUUCGCACCACCCAUGGAGAGUACGGCCAUCCCGCAGGCCAUACAAGUAGCGAAUACCACCACAGAAAUGUCGCUACAGAGCCCUCCCAGCUCGCCAAAAAUGAAUGAUUAGAUUAGGAAUAAUGUUUACGCAAUUUUCGACCUCCGAUCAGAGAUAUUCAUUUAAAUACAUUAAAUCUAAUUAAAGCUACUCAUAAUCUUGGAA